AUGCAUCCAACUCCGCUGUAUCACAUCACAGAUGAGCAGAAAGACAGUGUUUAUGAACCAGCUGAGGAUACUUUCCUAUUAUUGGAUGCAUUAGAAAAGGAUAGAGAGGCUCUGGAACAGUUAGAACCAAAUGUAGUUGUUGAAAUUGGGAGUGGUUCUGGCAUUAUUUCGGUAUUUUGUCAGCAGUUACUUCGUGUGCCAGUACUUACUUUAGUAACAGACAUGAAUUUUAAAGCUUUGCAGUGCACUCGAGCUACGGCACAGCUGAAUAAUGUAGCAGUGGAAGCAGUUCAGUGUGAUUUGUUAUCAGCACUGGAUCACCGAUUAUAUGGUCUUGUUGACGUGUUGCUCUUUAAUCCGCCAUAUGCUCGUUGCUGGGCUGGUGGUCCCACAGGGCGUGAUGCUGUUGAUCGACUUUUUGCUCAUCUGUCAGAAAUUUUAGCGCCAGGUGGUUUUUUCUAUGUUGUUGCACUACAUUCAAAUGAUAUUGUCAGCAUGUUAGCUCGUAAUCAGUCAUCUUUUUCCAGCAAAAUUCUACUUGAAAGGAGAUGCGGCAUUGAACAUCUUUUUGUGCUUAAAUUUACAAAAUCAAAAUACUAA